AUGAAAUUUUCAUAUAAGUUUUCAAACCUUCUCGGUACUGUGUACCGAAAAGGUAAUGUAACCUUUUCACCUGAUGGAAAUUCAGUAUUCAGUCCUGUGGGAAACAGAAUUACAGUAUACGAUUUAAAAAACAACAAAACACAAACUCUGAGUUUUAACAGUAAAUAUAAUUAUGAAUCAUUUGACAUAUCUCCGAAUGGCCUCCUGUUGGCUGCUGUUAAUGAACGAGGAGAAGCUCAUAUUAUUAGUUUAAUGAGUAAAACUAAAAUUUUUCAAUAUAGAUUUAAAAGGAAUGUACCUUGUAUAAAAUUUAGUCCAAAUGGAAACUAUUUGGCUGUACUUAAAGGAAAUAGUGCAUUUGUUUUUAAAGUCCCUGGAUCUUUUUCCGGAGAAUAUAAAGGAUUUGAAAUGAUUAAAGUUUUUCACUCCGCCCAUGAUCUUACCACUUGUUUAGACUGGAGUUCUGAUUCGAAAAUUUUAGCUGUCGGUUCUGCAGAUAUGAUUGUUAGGUUGUAUGCUGUCGAAGCUGAUUUAAAUUUCAAUCAGUGUUCUUUAGGAAGUCACAAACACACAAUAAUAGCAUGCUUUUUUGAAAAUAAUUCAUUGGAUGUAUCAACACUUAGUAGCGAUGGAACGCUUUGUGUUUGGGAUUGUAAUACUGAUCUUGAAGACUUACAAUAUAAUUCUACACGUCCUAAAAAAUCAAAAAUUUCUAAUGGGGAAAAAGACAGCGAUGAUGAAUUAUAUGAAAAUAGACUAGAAAAAGAUCCUGAAGAUUUGGAUAAAAAUCUAGUUGAUAAAGGAGAUAAAAAUUAUAACAACGAAGAUGAAGAUGACGAUGAUGAUGAAGAUGAAGAACAUAGAAAAAAUAAAAUUUUUUACAAAAGGCUUUCCAGAGUAAAUUUAUGUAGCACUUUGAGAAAAGACGAUCCAAAUGUAAAAUUAACUUCUGCUGCUUAUCAUAAAUCUACUCAUCUGUUAGUGACGGGAUAUUCAACAGGUUGCUUUUUUCUUCAUGAACUACCUUCUGUGACUAUGAUACAUUCUUUAAGCAUUUGCGAUUAUGAAAUAAAUGCUAUAAGUCUAAAUAAUUCUGGUGACUGGAUUGCAUUAGCGAGUAGUAAUUUAGGAAAUUUAUUAGUAUGGGAAUGGCAAAGUGAAACUUAUGUAAUGAAGCAACAAGGCCACACUAAUAAUAUGACCUGUUUAAGUUAUUCACCCGAUGGAAUGUAUCUGGCAACUGGAGGAAUAGACGGAAAGGUUAAAUUAUGGAAUACCAAUUCUGGAUUUUGUUUUGUUACUUUUACUGAGCAUUCGAAUAAUGUCACUGAUGUACAAUUUAGUCCAAAUCGUAAUUUUGUCGUUUCUACUUCUUUAGACGGAACCGUUAGAGCAUUUGAUUUAAACAGGUAUAGAAAUUUUAAAACAUUCACAUCACCAACUCCGGUGCAAUUUUGCUGUGUUGCUGUCGAUUCAAAUAGUGAAUUUAUUGCUGCAGGCGGUCAAGAUGUUUUUGAAAUAUAUUUAUGGUCUUUAAAAAUUGGAAGGCUUUGUGAGAUUCUUACAGGACACGAAGGUCCCGUAUCCAGAAUAGCUUUCAGUCCUGUUUUGGGAUCUACAUGUUUCGCAUCAGUCAGUUGGGACAAAACAUUAAGACUUUGGAAUGCAGUGGAUAUAAAUCAAGAAAAUGAAAGUUUUUCUAUUGGUGGAGAUGGACUGGCAGUUGCUUUUAGGCCUGAUGGAAAUGAAGUAGCUGUGGCUUCCUUAGACGGACAAAUUUAUUUUUUUGACAUUAAAAAUAAAUUGCAAAGUCACAGCAUCGAAGGAAGAAACGAUUUGGGCAGUGGAGUAACAGACACAGAUGUAAUAUCGGCAAAAAAAAAUCUUUCUUCCAAAGGAUUCACAACGUUAUCGUACACUGCUGAUGGAUCUUGUAUUUUAGCCGGAGGUCAUUCGAAAAACGUUUGCAUGUAUAACGUUAAAAACUCGAUUCUGUUGAAAAAGUUCGAAAUAACAGAAAAUAGAUCUCUUGAUAACAUGGAUGAUUUUAUUAAUCGGAGGAAAAUGACGGAAUACGGUAACAUUGCUUUAAUUGAAAGAAGAGAAAAUUCUCAAGUUCAAAUCAGGUUGCCGGGUGUACGACAAGGAGACAUGGCGUCGAGAGCUUUCAAACCGGAAAUUCGAGUGUUUUAUUUGGAAUUUUCACCCACAGGUCAAUCCUGGGCUGCAGCCACGACGGAGGGUUUAAUAAUGUACCAAUUAGAUUUAGCUUUAGUAUUUGAUCCGUUAGAAUUAAAACUUUCCAUAACUCCUGACACGGUUCAAAAAACUCUACAAGAAGGAGAUUAUUCUAAAGCUUUGAUGAUGGCUGUUAAAUUAGGAGAAACUCAUUUAGUUCAAAAUGUACUAGAAUCCGUUCCUUAUUCGGAUAUAGAACUUUGCGUUGCCAGCAUAUCUCAGGUUUAUGUGAUUCGAUGUAUGAAAUUUAUAGUUUCGCUUCUGGAAAAUUCUAAACAUUUAGAAUUUUAUCUUUGCUGGAUAAAAAAUAUUUUAACGAUUCACGGAUCAGCAAUCAAAGGAGUCGAUUUUAUCCCCGUUUUAUUAAGUUUACAAAAGAAUUUAACUAGAAAUUUUGAUGACAUAGGGAAAUUGUGUGAUCAUAAUAAAUACACAAUCGGAUUCUUGUUGAAAAUCGGUAAAUUAAAAAUUAAAAGCAGAAAUUUGUCAGAGGAUAAUAAAGAAAAUGAGGAUGUUUUGAUGGAAAGAGUGAUUUUACAUUGUCAGUAUGUUUUAAUCGAAUAA